AUGUCAAGAUUGUGGAUUUUGCUAUGCCUGGCUCUGCUUUUGGUUCCCUGGCAGAUGUCUGAGGCCAGAGGAGGAGGGGGAGGGGGAGGUGGACACGGCGGUGGAGCUGGAGGUGGACAUGGUGGUGGACACGGUGGCGGACGCGGCGGUGGAUUCGGCGGUGGACGCGGCGGUGGAUUCGGCGGUGGACGCGGAGGUGGAGGGCGUGGUCGAUACGGGGGAGGUGGAGGAUACGGAUUCGGUAGCGCCCGACCAUACUAUGGCUUCGGCGGAUAUGGUCGGUAUAGAGGCUAUGGAUACGGAGGCGUUAUACCUGUGCCUUUGCCUAUUCCCCUGCCGGUGGCCUACAGCAGAUGCUACUACGACGACUACGGCUACUACACAUGCUGA